ACGCGAUCGCUGACCGCAACUUUUGGGCUCACAAGUGCUACAAGUGCCCUUUCCCAAGUCCGACAAAUAUACCUCUAGGAAUCCCUGCCAACGAUCGAAGCUUUAAGAAAAAGGGCCCAUCCACCCCCCGUCCGGCUCCAGCGCCGUUGUUUAUUUAUCGUGGGUGGCCUCCGGACCUCUUCGAGGGUUCCCGGCCUGCUUUAUGCUCCAACAGAGGUCACACAUUAGCAUCUAUACACACCAUGGCUACUCAGCUGUCCUGUGACCGCCCGCUCUCCCGUGUGAGCAUGGUAUCCAACCAGACAUAUCAUAGCUUCAACGACAUCGAAUCCCAUGAACCCGAAGUCAACUCGCAACAAACCACCAUCGUCUGCCAUGCUCCGCUCUCAAAAACCCUUAGUGAGGACCGUCCUCCACCGCCCAUCCAGGAAAUGCGUCGCCAAGAUUCCGGCUACGCAUCUAUUCAACGCAAAGAAUCUCGCUCAUCGUGCCACCUAUCAUCUACUCUCUCGACGCCUUCCACUUCAGCCAAGCGGCGCUCAAGACCAGCCGUUCAACGAUCCUCAACCGACACAAACCCCGGCACUCGCUCGAGCAGGAAAGCUGGCAAGACCGUCUCACAUCGUCGGUCUUACCAGUGUCGUCCAACCCAGUCUCAGCAGCCAGUGACGUACUUUGAGUUCCCUGUCUUCACCACCUCGAACCCCGAAUAUGCCAUCGACGAGGCCGAGGUGAAUGAGGACGAGUCCGCGCAGACACAUGUUCAUCCCUUACCACCGCAGACAACACACUAUUGGACCAGCGACUCUACCAGGAGGAUGGAAUAUGCGGCUAUCGAUGCUGCCAGCCGGGGCGUGCGCGGAUGGUUCAUGCGUCACAUUGUGCCAGAAUGCGUAGUGCCUCCCAGCAAGAGGCAUGUUGGAUUUGAGGACGACCGAGGGAGCGUGGUGCGGUACCGUCUGGACCUUGAGGAGGACGACGCAGAGAAGACUGAUGAUCGUAGUGAUCGGAGGCGCAAGAGUUGGUGGCUCAGCAUAUUCAGGCGAUGAACAUUUCUACCUGUGCCUCAACAACUUCGCCUUCCUACGGUCGAGAUAUCGACAUGGAGCACACACAUACACGAAAGAAGUGGCGCAUUUGCAUUUAUCGGUCAAGCGGGCGUUAUCAGCAGCACUUUUCAGCAUCGAUUCGGCGACUAUCAUCCACCAACAGGCGUAUUAUACCCUUAAUUUGGCUUCAUGUAACUUUCAAGCAUUUUUUUCGACAUGCUGGCCGACGUCGAUAGUUCGGAUCGACCCCCUCAACUUUGUGGUUUUUUUAUCUUUUUUUUUUUUUUUUUUUUUUUUUUUUUGGGCAUCACAUCAUGGAGAAUUUGUACUUUUUUUGGCGGCAUUUUAUACGGAGUUUACAAUUGGUUACGGAUUAUUAUUGGAGGAAAUAGCACAGGGAUGAUCAUAACGAUAAUUUGCUUGCCGGAGUAUAUUGGGCUGGAUUUGCAAAGGAAAACCACGUCAAUCCUACCUCGUCCCUGACAAAAUUGAUGGCACCCGCUUCCAGGUUUUCACCCCUGCACCAAGCCUUGGCAGACCUCACCACUUGGAAAAAAGACCAUCAAAAGACAUGACCUUUUCUCUUUCACGAUCCAUUUUCUAUAGUGAUUUCUAUUACAAUGAGAUGCUCCAGAUUCCAAUGCAAUGACAGGAGCUGCUCUCUCUACCCCUAAAAAGAAUCGGCUUAUCGCUGCUAUCGACGAAGCAAAAGACCACAAUGAGAAGAUCAAAAGCAAAGGCCUCGACCAAGACCACCCUGAUUUUAUUGUCAAAUACAACGAUAUCUUCCAAAAGUAUCGCAUUUCGAGGCGAACCGGCUUCAGAAUCCUUGCCCAAAAAGAUAGAGACGAUGGCCGGACUUUUCAUUCUACUUAUCUCGAGACUAGAGGGAGAAAGAAGACCUUCACCAAAGAGAUGCUCUUAAAAUUAGAAGAGUUCAUUGUCAACCAUGGCUUUGAUGGUAGAACCAUCCCUUAUGAGGGGCUACCUGACGCUGCCGGGAUUGAUCUACCCCGAUCUGUCUCCGGGAGGACCGUUCAAAGAGCAUUGAAAUCUAUUGGUUUCCGGAGAUGCAUUGCUUGCGAAAAAGAGUACAUCCCUCCGAGGUCCAAAGAGAAGCGUCUUCAAUGGGCAAUUGACAUGCUUCGGAAGUACCCAACUUCCGAGGCCUGGCGGAGGAUCCGUUUCUCAGAUGAAUGCUACUUUGGUUGGGGUCCCCAAGGGAAGAUAUGGGUUAUUCGGAGACUAGGAGAACGAUUGCAUCCUGAUUGCAUUAUCGAGAAGGAAGCCCCGGCCGAAAAAGAUCAAAAGAGAGUUCAUUGUUGGGCGGCCAUUGGAUAUAAUUUCAAAUCUCCUCUCAUUUGGUACGAUUCGGGCAAUGACAAUGGGAAGAUGACUCUCCAAUGCUAUAGAGAUCAGAUUCUUGAGCCGGUAGUUGGAGAAUGGCUAAGAAAGGGAGAAGAUUUCGUCUUGGAGGAGGAUGGAGAUUCCGGCCACGGGACGGGAGGAAGUACCUCUAUUGGCCGGAAAAGGAAUAUUGUAAAAGAAUGGAAGGAAAGGAAUGGUCUCCAG